ACAGAUUGUAAAGUAUAUGUUCUUUUUUAAUGAAAUAGAUUUUGCUGCAAUGAUUUCAACCAGCAUCAUAAUUUUCUUUUAAUUAGGUUAAUUAAAUGUUAUGAGGUGCGCUCCAAACUUGCAAUAUUGUGAAAUGAUCAUUUAAAUUAUUUUUAUGUGUGUUUUCGAUUCCAUAUUUUCCAAAUGUCGAGAAUACAGGAUGGAUUAGCAAUAAUUCGUAGUUUACGAAUGAUAGCAGAGUCAGGAAUCGAAUUGCAAAAAGCUAAUUUGAAAAUUAUAUGGGAUAAUUCUAGUUUGAAAAUCUUAGCCAAGGAUUUAUUGAAAUUUGAGGAAGAAUUAUCCAAAAGAAAAAUCAAGGAGGAAAAUAUCGGCAAGAAUGUGGGAGAAAUAGUUGAAAGAGCCUCAACUGUUCUUCAAAGUCUGCAUAUAUAUAAUUAUAAAACAUUUGUGGAACCCAUUUUCAAAGAUGUCAGAGAGAAAGAGGAUUUCAAAGCAACUAAGCUUGAUGAAAAACAUUUUAAAUAUUCAGUUAAUCCAAAAAUAUCUGAAGAUUUUUAUGAAAUCAAGCUGACCUCUGCUGAUCGAGAGUUAUUAAAGAAACUAGACAUGGAACAUAAGAAGAUGAAGGAAAAACUUCAAGACUCCGUUAGGGAAGUGAAGAGAGAGAAAGCAAAAAAAAUUGAAUCGAAAGAACACAAUGAUGAAAUUCCUAUCGAAAUAAAGACAAUUCCGAACCCAAAAUCAUUAUCUUUAGGUUCUGAAUCAAAACAAAGGACUGUGCCUUCAUCAAGAAUUGGCCGAAUGGUUUCAUUUGGCACUCUGGCCGCUGGACUAGGUGUUGGGACGAUGGCGGAGUAUGCCAGAAGGACUCUAGGUUUUGGUUCAUCAGAGAACCAAAUGGCAUUUAUGACAGAAGCCAAUCUGAAUAGAAUCGUUGAUACAUUGUGUAAAGUGAGAGGCGCUGCUCUGAAACUAGGCCAAAUUUUGAGUAUUCAGGAUGAUUCUAUCAUACAACCGGGUUUGGCGAAAGCAUUGGAGAGGGUCAGAAAAUCAGCAGAUUUCAUGCCAGACUGGCAAGUUGAUAGUGUUCUGUCUCGAGAAUUAGGUCCAGAAUGGCAAGCAAAAGUGGAAGAAUUCCAAAGGAAACCUUUUGCGGCUGCUUCUAUUGGUCAGGUACAUUUAGGGAGGACGAAGGAUGGUCAGCAAGUAGCCAUCAAAAUCCAGUAUCCUGGGGUCGCUCAAAGUAUUAACAGUGACAUUGACAACUUGACUGGAAUAAUGAAUUUAUGGAAUAUAUUCCCCAAAGGAAUGUUCUUGGAGAACUUGAUGACCGUUGCUAAACGUGAAUUGGCGUGGGAGGUUGAUUAUAAGAGAGAAGCAGAAUGUACUAAAAAAUUCAAAGAGUUAUUGGCGCCAUAUCCAGAGUAUUAUGUUCCAUCAGUUGUUGAUGAAUUAUCUACUGGACAGGUUUUCACUUCGGAACUCCUCAGUGGAAUUCCUGUUGAUCAAUGCUUCGAUCUAGACGUUGAGGACAAAUACUUCAUUGGUUAUAAUAUAAUACGGUUAUGUUUGCUGGAAAUACUUCAGUUUAGAUACAUGCAAACAGAUCCAAAUUGGGCCAAUUUCUUAUAUAAUCCCCAAAAGAAGCAAAUUAUGUUACUAGAUUUCGGGGCCAGUAGGGAAUAUUCGAAGGACUUUAUGGAUAAAUAUGUUAGAAUACUGAAAGCAGCUUAUGAUUCUGAUAGAGAAACUAUAAGGAACAUUUCUGGGGAAAUCGGAUUUUUCACCGGAUACGAGAGUAAAGUUAUGGUUGAAGCUCAUGUUGAUGCUGUGAUGAUUUUGGGUGAAAUAUUUCAAAGUGAUGAGCCUUACGAUUUUGCAAAUCAGAAUAUGACGGAAAGAAUACAGCAUUUAGUCCCCACAAUGUUAACUCACAGAUUGUGUCCCCCUCCAGAGGAAAUUUAUUCAUUGCAUAGGAAAUUGUCAGGAGUAUUUUUAUUGUGUUCUAAACUCAAAGUGCCGCUGAGUUGUCGAAAAAUGUUCUUAGAUUUAUAUAAUGAAUAUGUAGUGAAAAAUUGAGAUUGUUUUUGUUGAAUAUUAUGAUGAAAGUUGAAAA